UCCCAAUGAUUUCUCUUCCAGGCAACAUGGUAGAGGGAAUAAACUUGAGAGUUGAAUACCGACCCACCUUGCGGAUGUGCACGCUGAGCUUUAUUCCUCAUUCAGACACACCGUGGACGAUAACAAUCGCCAAAUCCUGUAUGAGGCUGUCGGACACGAGAGAUGGAAAUAACUCCAUUGAUCUGAAGCUCGGAGAGGGAUUCGUGAUCGAUUUGGAGUCCCUCGGGGAUUGGAACACCCUAAGGUGGACAUCAGAAGAUCCCGCGCAGGGGUCUGUGAGCUCGCCAAUAAUGGGUGACGGGACGAUCCACUUAAAAUUGGUGUCACAGCCGGCGGAAAAGCCUCCUAGACGGAAUGUGGAAGUCCUGCCCGAUUCGGGUCAAUUCGAAAUACGCUGUAAAGCAUGCGACUCCCUCUUGACGAGGGACGAAUGGAACUUCGAGAGGAUUCUUCCCCUCCCGUCGGAAAAUUGGCAAUCAUCGCAAGAUAUGUGGUUUUGUCACAAAGAUGACCACGGUUCCGUCGAUGAUUCCCAUACAGACGCUCUCCGGGAGCAGCCGGGGGAUGGAGAGGCCUCCAAAGGUCUCGAACUUGGCCGGAACGCAUUUUUACCGAAGAGACUCCAACCGAAACUCGAGGACUUGUUUUACUCGAAGACGAAGCUGAUGCUGCACGUCAAUGCGAUAUCGUGUGACUCUAUGGCGGACCUCCGAAAUCUCUCUGUUAUCUGUCGCCUCUGUGAUACUAUCGUCGGACAAAGCGUCUCGCAGCAGUGUGUUUAUUUCAAUCGUAUGAACGUUGAUCUCAAAGAUGCAAAAACUUCGCGCAUCGUGAACUCGCAAACCCCGCUGAAACUCGCAGCGAAACUGAUCGAAGAGCAGGUCGCGCACGGUGGUAUUCAUUGCAGAUUAAUUCUGAACUCGGAAUCAUCGGGAGACACGUUGCUGAUUUGGGUGCUGGAGAACGAUGUUCAUAUGUUUCCAGCGAAGUAUAGCUUACCACUUCCGGGAAAAGUCGAGGAGCCUGUCGUCUUCAGCCAGCAUCAUCAGGUGCUGUUCCACAGAACGCAGCGAUCAGCAUCCAUUGCGCAAGUCUGGUCGUCGGAACUCACGGUAUCCUCCGAGACGAUUUCGCAGGAGACGCUCGACUCUCUGAUGCGCCAUCUCGAGGAGUCGGGGAGAUUGUUCCCGCUUACUGAGAACGAGAAAGUUCCUGAUCCGAUCUUCGAAGUAGGCUACAUUCCCGCGAGGCUAGAAUGAAGUCGCUGAGGACUCCGAGCCUGAAUGACAAUCAGAUGGAGAAGAGGAUGUGAUUCUCUCAUCUGGGUUCUCUAAUAAACGAGAGUUUCGCGA